CCAUGCCUAGGCCUGGCCCUGCCGCUCCGCGUGGGCUCCACCGGCUCCGAGUUGUGCCGCGCCGGGUCCGCAAGAGGGGCGGGUCGAAGGGCGCCGUCCACAAGGGUUGAGACCAGAGACUGGCAGCCCCUGGGCUCCGAGGUUUGGUGUGAGGGCUCUGAGUUUGGAGUGCGUCAUCAGAGAGCAGGCACCUCAGGUGGCAGCUUCAAGGCAGAAUCACAGUGGCAGCUUUGAGAGUUGGACACCCAGGUCCCUGAAGUGAUCUCUAGGCCCCAGCCCUAAUCCGCCACCAUUCCGUGCUGCGGGGACACCAUGGCUCCAGAGGAAGAUGCUGGAGGGGAGGCCCUGGAGGGCAGUUUCUGGGAGGCCGGCAACUACCGGAGGACAGUGCAGCGGGUGGAGGAUGGGCAUCGGCUGUGUGGGGACCUGGUCAGCUGCUUCCAGGAGCGCGCCCGCAUCGAGAAGGCCUAUGCCCAGCAGCUGGCUGACUGGGCCCGCAAGUGGAGGGGCGCAGUGGAGAAGGGCCCCCAGUAUGGCACACUGGAGAAGGCCUGGCACGCCUUCUUCACGGCGGCCGAGCGACUGAGCUCACUGCACCUGGAGGUGCGGGAGAAGCUGCAGGGGCAGGACAGCGAGCGGGUGCGUGCCUGGCAGCGGGGGGCCUUCCACCGGCCUGUGCUGGGUGGCUUCCGAGAGAGCCGGUCUGCCGACGACGGUUUCCGGAAGGCCCAGAAGCCCUGGCUAAAGAGGCUGAAGGAGGUUGAAGCUUCCAAGAAGAACUACCAUGCAGCCCGGAAGGAGGAGAAGACAGCGCAGACUCGGGAGAGCCACGCGAAGGCAGACAGUGCUGUCUCCCAGGAGCAGCUGCGGAAGCUGCAGGAGCGGGUGGAACGCUGCUCCAAGGAGGCCGAGAAGAUGAAAACCCAGUAUGAGCAAACACUGGCAGAGCUGCAUCGCUACACCCCACGCUACAUGGAGGACAUGGAGCAGGCCUUUGAGACCUGCCAGGCUGCCGAGCGCCAGCGGCUUCUCUUCUUUAAGGAUAUGCUGCUUACCCUACACCAGCACCUCGACCUCUCCAGCAGUGAGAGGUUCCAAGAACUCCACCGAGACCUGCAUAAGGGCAUCGAGGCAGCCAGUGAUGAAGAGGAUCUGCGCUGGUGGCGCAGCACCCACGGGCCAGGCAUGGCUAUGAACUGGCCACAGUUUGAGGAGUGGUCCUUGGACACACAGAGGACAAUCAGCCGGAAGGAGAAGGGUGGCCGGAGCCCUGAUGAGGUUACUCUGACCAGCAUCAUGCCCACAAGAGAUGGCGCUGCACCCCUACCCCAGACCCCUGGGUCCCCAGGCGGCGGGCAGGAUGAGGAGUGGUCGGAUGAGGAGAGUUCCCGGAAGGCUGCCACUGGGGUGCGGGUGCGGGCACUCUAUGACUACGCGGGCCAGGAAGCUGAUGAGCUGAGCUUCCGAGCAGGGGAGGAGCUGUUGAAGAUGAGCGAGGAGGAUGAGCAGGGCUGGUGCCAGGGCCAGCUGCAGAGUGGCCGGAUUGGCCUGUACCCUGCCAACUACGUGGAGUGUGUGGGGGCCUGACCUGUCCUGACAGCCCUUCUACAACGUUUCUCCAACCUGAGUCAGAGCCCAGCUUCUUCUGGACAGCCGGACCUAAGGGCUCUGGACCAUCCUGCCACUGCUGCCUCUCUGGCCCUUGAGGAGGGAGAAAGUCCUGGGACCCAGGGAGGGGAGGGGCCUGUGUCUAGGAAGGGACUGGUAGGGAAGGGCCAACUGAGUCUAGGCUGAGGGGAAGAUGGAGCGGUCAGGAGGUGACAGAAAGGCUCAGUGGUGCCUAGGCCUUCCUAGGUGUCCUCCAGUCUCCCCAGGAGCUGUGGACCCAGGUCCUGGUUUCUGUGUUUCGGGGUUCCUGGGGUGGGCUUGGGAUGAGUGUAGUUCUGGGUUAGCAGCUCUGUUUUGUGGCUUGUUCUAGUGUGUAUUAAACUUGGGGGGGGGGAAACCCCAAACACUCUCAGGCUUGCGUGCAACUUUUUUGCUACUCCACCCUUGCCAGGCUGCCGACGGCAUCUGGAGAGAGGCACUGAGGGGACGUCCGUGGGCCUGGAGUAUACUAUGGGGGCGGGGGUUGGGCAAAAGUUUGCUAGCUUAGUAUCUGCUCUGGAAGGGACUCAAGAUCAGCCUUGAUGUGGAACGACCAAGCCUGGAGGCUGGGUGCUGAGUUCUGAGUGGGGCUGGAGCUCAGCCAGUUUACCUUCCCGUUCAGACCGGCGGGACCACGAGUGCUCGGUAGGACUGUUAAUCAUUACUCAUUUCGAGAACUCGCUCAAGAAGAGGACGGCUCCGUGGCCCCGUAACCCACGUCUCUGGGAGGUGGCUCCACCUUCUGGGGGUGGCUGGGCGUGUGGGUGGCUCUGUGGCGAGGUUUGGGCCGGCGGUCUAGCCGUCGCCCCGCCCCGGCUGCCGAUUGGCCCGGGCGCGGCGCGGCGAGCAGUCGGGAGACCGCGGUGGAGCCGGGGGCUGUGACGU